AUGUACCACGGCACACUCCCAGAUCACCAGAAGUUGGAGCGCGAGGCCAGGAUCUGCCGCCUGCUGAAGCAUUCCAACAUCGUGCGGCUCCAUGACAGCAUAUCAGAGGAAGGAUUCCACUAUCUGGUCUUUGACUUAGUCACUGGUGGUGAGCUGUUCGAGGACAUUGUUGCCAGGGAGUACUACAGUGAAGCUGAUGCCAGUCAUUGCAUCCAGCAGAUCCUAGAGGCUGUGCUCCACUGCCACCAGAUGGGUGUGGUCCACCGCGACCUCAAGCCGGAGAAUUUGCUUCUAGCCAGCAAGUUGAAGGGGGCUGCAGUUAAACUGGCAGACUUUGGCCUGGCCAUCGAAGUUCAAGGAGAUCAGCAGGCAUGGUUUGGGUUUGCUGGGACACCAGGAUACCUGUCUCCAGAGGUGCUGAGGAAAGAUCCUUAUGGCAAGCCAGUGGACAUGUGGGCCUGUGGAGUGAUCCUCUACAUUUUACUGGUGGGCUAUCCUCCCUUCUGGGACGAGGACCAGCACAGGCUCUACCAGCAGAUUAAAGCUGGGGCGUAUGAUUUUCCCUCUCCAGAGUGGGACACAGUGACCCCUGAGGCCAAAGACCUGAUCAAUAAGAUGCUGACCAUUAACCCUGCCAAGAGAGUGACGGCCACCGAUGCACUCAAACACCCCUGGAUCUGCCAACGCUCCACUGUAGCAUCCAUGAUGCACAGACAGGAGACUGUGGAGUGCCUCAAGAAAUUCAAUGCUAGGAGGAAACUCAAGGGUGCCAUCCUGACCACAAUGCUCGCCACCCGUAACUUCUCAGCAGCCAAGAGCCUGCUGAAUAAAAAACCGGAUGGUGUCAAAAUCAACAACAAGGCCAAUGUGGUCACCAGUCCUAAAGAGCCUGUCCCCACUCCUUCUCUGGAGUCCAGCGAGAGUGCCAACACUACCAUCGAGGAUGAGGACGUGAGAGCACAGUCUCCCUGCCCCAGUCCGCAGAUCUACCACCUUAAGCACUUAGACCCCUUUGCUUCUCACCUGCCUUCAUCCAACUGCCUCUUACCCACGCCUUGCCUUUCGUGCUCUUUGUCAUCAUCGUCUUCUGCUUCGUCCUUCUCUUCUUCCGUCUCCUCCUGCUGGUACUCUCCCAGUGUUUGGCCCAGUGGUGAGGAGUGCUGCCAGUAUAUCCUGCGGGCACUGGCGGCUGCCUUCGUGCUCCUCUUCUUCACGUCGUCCUUUUUGAUCUUUUUCACUGACCAUCACACCAUGUGUCACUGCGGCCCCUGUCAAACAUGCUCAGAGGAUCCUGGCCCCCAGAAUGGUGUGCCUCUCAGCAACUGUGCCUCCAUCGACUCCCAGUCUCGAAAGCAGGAGAUCAUCAAGGCCACCGAGCAGCUGAUUGAGGCCAUUAACAAUGGAGACUUUGAAGCCUACACGAAGAUAUGUGAUCCUGGUCUCACAUCCUUUGAACCUGAAGCUUUGGGUAACCUGGUGGAGGGCACAGACUUCCACCGCUUCUACUUUGAGAACGCUCUGUCUAAGGGGAAACAGCCCAUCCACACCAUCCUGCUCAACCCUCACGUCCACCUGAUUGGGGAUGACGCCGCCUGCAUCGCCUACAUUCGCCUCACCCAGUACAUUGACAGUAACGGCAUGCCUCGCACCAUGCAGUCAGAGGAGACUCGCAUCUGGCACCGCCGUGACAGCAAGUGGCAGAAUAUCCACUUCCACCGCUCCGGCUCUCCCACCGUUCCCACCAAGUAA